AUGGGAGAGAUUCUCGUAGAUAGACGGAAAGUCGGUAUCAACGUCGCCGGCUCAACCCGGAUAUCCCGAAGUGAUGUUCCUCAUAUGAUGUUUAAUGGUAUUGGGUACAUCUUAAGUAGAAAGUUUGCAGCUCCCAUUUUCUAUCUCUGGGCGCGGCACGUGUCUGGUGGUGGUAGUCCUAGUGCUUCUGCCCCGGCUUUUACAGGUAAUUCGACGGAACGCAUUGCGAGUCAUAUACUACGGUUACGAUUGCUGAUAGUGCCGGUAUUGUCGGAGAACGGAGGUCAGCAGGACUCCGCUGACAUAUCCGGGCGGGUGCCGGAGGGGCCGAGAAAUCUUAACCUCUGGAUGGCCCCACAUAGUCCACUAUCGGCUUUGCCUCUCAGGCUCCUCAGCUUCACCGAGUGGAUCUCGCCAGGCGCCGGUGGUCCGGAAACCGGCGGAAGUGAUUCCGGAAGAAGGACCCACUCUUCCAAUGUGCCGCAAGGCCGCAAGGCCAAAACGCCACCAACCCUGGUCGGUGCACUGAUCGCCGGUUGUGCGAGAGACUGA